CCACAGGGAACAGAUCUGGAGUCAGAAGUGACAACUAAUCUGCGCUUGAGCUGAAAAGCUGAAAAUGCAGUAGAAAAGAGCCGGUCCUACAAAGAGUGAGAACGCACUCCCACACACUGCCAGCCGCCUCAGCUUCCGAGAGUUUACGGACUGCGUGUUGACAAGAGCUCGAGAAGAUACUGUUUGUAGACUUUAAAGGAAUCGUGUCGUGGAGAAUAGUGCAGAUGGUGCGGCAGCACCGUCUUCUCUGUCAGCCCCACUUCAAAAAAGAGACAGUGCUUUUGUUCACCAUGUCACCUGCAUACAAAGCCAAGCUGGGGACCUGGCUCCUAAUGCUGUUUCUUUGUUGGACAGUACAUGUUGGCAUGCUUCAGUUUGCUGAGGCUACAAUACAAGGGUACAUCGGAGACAUAGACAUGACAUGCCCCUCUGUAUGCAGGUGUGAUGAGGACUUCAUCUACUGUAAUGAUCGCGGGCUGAGCGCCAUCCCCUCACUGCCUCCUUCUGCAUCUGUGCUUUACCUUCAAAACAACCACAUAAACAACCCAGGCCUUCCCACCUCAUUAGAGUACCACCUUUCUGUCCAAGUGGUCUACCUCUAUGAUAAUGAGCUGGACGAAUUUCCCAUGCACCUGCCACCAUCUGUGCGUGAACUGCAUUUGCAGGACAACAACAUCCGUACUAUUCCUCGCAGUGCCCUGGCUCGGAUGCCCUUGCUGGAAAAGCUCCACUUGGACGACAACUCGAUUUCCACUGUCUCUAUUGAGGAUCAGGCCUUCGCUGACAACCCACGGCUACGCUUACUUUUCCUGUCGCGCAACCACCUAUCCAGUAUCCCAUCAGGACUGCCUGCCUCUCUUGAAGAACUUCGUCUAGACGAUAACCGGAUCUCCACUAUUCCGACUCAUGCCUUCCGAGGUCUAACCUCGCUUAGAUGUCUUGUUCUAGAUGGUAACCUUUUGGCAAACCAGCGCAUUGCUGAUGACACAUUCUCGAGGCUUUCCAACCUGACUGAGUUGUCUUUAGUCCGCAAUUCCCUACAGACCCCACCUGUCAACCUGCCCAGUGCCCAUUUACAGCGGCUCUCUCUACAGGACAAUGCUCUGACUCAUAUGCCUCGCGGUUCCUUGGAUGGCAUGCACAGGUUACUGAGACUGGACUUGUCAGGCAAUAACCUGACAACGCUUCCGAAGGGAUUAUUCAAAGACCUCGACAACCUUGGUCAGCUGCUGGUGCGUGGAAAUCCUUGGCAUUGUGGCUGCAAUCUGCGCUGGCUGUAUGACUGGUUGCGUGCCCGAGGUAACUCUAUCACUGUCAGAGGUUUAACGUGCCAUGGGCCUGACAGGGUGCGAGACAUGGCUUUGAUUGAUCUGACCAGUGAAAUGGAGGAAUGUGAGAUCCUAAGAAUUGCUGGGACCAAAGACAAAAUGGCUGUCACUGGAGCCGAAAGUUCUACCACCAACGCCCCCCCGCAGGGUUCUCUCUUCACGUUGCGCUCAAAGCGACCAGUCCUUGGUUUUCCUGACUCCGGCUUAGACUACACUCUCAGCAGCAGUGGUGUUGGAAAGAGCUUGGCUCUAAAUGUGAAACCUCUGUCUCACAACAGCAUCCGUGUUACAUGGAGUGUGGCCCAGCCAAGCUCCUCAUUCAGGUUGAGCUGGCUUCGACUUGGCACCGGAAACGCUAUGGGAUCUAUCACAGAGACGCUCGUUCGGGGUGAUCGUCGGGAGUACCUGCUUACCUCCCUGCAACCGCGCUCCAGCUACAUUAUCUGUAUGGUGCCACUGCCCACCAGUUCAGAAAGCAAAGGGACUAUUUCUGGAGAUGCUGACUCGGAAUCGUUAGUUUGUGCAAAAGCCGAAACAUCAGACCUAACCCCAUUAGAGGAGGAGGAGGAUGAAAACUCCCAUCAGAUAACUGUGCUGCCUCUUGCAGGUAUCAUUGGUGGGGCUACUGCCACUGUAUCUUUGGCUCUUAUUUUUGGUGUGUUUUGCUGGUACGGACAUAGAACUGGCCAUUUGUGUGUCCGUGAUCACUACACUCGCAGUGGUUCGAGGAAAAACAAAAACUAUGAUGAUUGCAUUGAGUCUGGCACCAAGAAGGACAAUACCAUCCUGGAGAUUCGUGGCCCAGGUUUCCAGAUGACGCCUAUGGCAGCUUGCCAGCCAGUCCAGCCGAAACCUCUACGAGAGGAUUACAUCAUCCACACCAUAUUCCCUUCAAAUGGCACCGGCUUAUACAAAGGUUCAAACAAUGUUUCUAAUGCUGGAGGACAUGGCACCAACCGUGGCUAUAGAGAAGGAGGAAUCCCAGAUAUAGACUAUUGUUACACAUGA